AUGACUACCCGCAAAGGUCGUCGACAAAACAACCAGAAUCCCGUCAAUCUCACCGACUAUGAAUCAGACGUAGCAUAUCACUCCGACAUGCCCCAACAACCCGCGCCAGCUCUGCGCUCGAACGAGGAGCUCAACCUCUCUGUCAUCCGCCGCCACAAGCCCUCCGUGACCAACAUCCUCUCCCUCGCACACUACGCCGUCAUCUACAUCUUCAGUCCAACCUCGAACCAGUGGGAAAAGAGCGGGGUGGAAGGAAGUCUUUUUGUUUGCCAGGAAUCGCUGGGAGAUCUUGGCGAACAUCGCUACACUGCCUUUGUGCUCAACCGUCGCGGACUGAACAACUUCGACCUUCCGCUAACCGACGGCGAGAAUGUCGAGGUAACGGACGACUAUGUCAUCAUCAAGGCGGAUGAAUCCGCCGAAGGUGCAAGCGACACACCUGCCGUCCCCGGAAACCAAGCCAUCCCGCGCAUCUACGGCAUCUGGAUCUACUGCGAACCCCCACCCAACUCUAGUGCCGACAACCGCACCGUCAACGCGAAGAUGAUUGAGGAUUGCGCCGCCCACGCCGGGUAUAGUAUGCAAGUGGCGCGCGAACACCUUGAGGCUGUGCAGCAGAACAGUCUCCAUGCCGCGGCUGCGGCAGCCACUACCCAAGCAGCACCAUUGGAGGAGGUUCAGGCUAGUGAGCCCAUGGGCCGUCAGGUAUCUUUGAAAGAUUUGUUUGGCCAGCAGCGCGCCCAGGAUGAUGGCUGGACUGUGCGUGCGCACCAUCUACCCGCGCAACAUCCUCCACAGCCGCAGCACACCUAUGGGGGCAUGAUGCCCCAGCAUAUCCCCGUGCACCCGCCCCCACCACAACCGCAGGGCGAUGUGCUAGGAGACUUGUUCCGCAGAGCAGGGUUAGCUUACCAAGGUCCAGCGGGAUACUAG